GAAAUGAAACUCUUUAAAACCGAUCAUUGUGACGUUGGGGUGUUAUUUCCUCUGCAAAACAACAAUCUUUAGUUCGUUUUUGUUACCUCAUGUGUGCUUCAUUUUUUUGUUUUCCCUGGGUCUUAACUGUCCCCUGUCAGAGCCCCUAUUUACUGCUGCUGCCACAGUCUUUUCAUGUGCCAUUCACACCUUAACUUAGCAUCAGACUCAAACCAUGUGUGUCUCCUCUCCUUUGUCACUUACCAUUACAGUUACUCACUCUCUUCACCCUUUUCCUCACUCACUUGUUACUUCAACAAUAUGAACACUGCUACUACUAAGUCAUAACUAGUACAACUGCAUAUUUCUUCUUCUGUUACCAAGUUCAAUUGUGAUGGACACCACUUCUAUGCCCUCUCCUAAGCCACCACCGGGGUUCCCAGAUUUGUAUGGCAAGCGUCGCGAAAUGGCCAAGAUUCACAUGCUGGAAAGAGAGAUAAGCUUCCUUGAGGAAGAAUUAAAAUCUUCUGAAGGCCUUCAAGCAGCUUCAAGAUGCUGCAAAGAGAUUGAUGAUUUUAUGAUGACAAACUCAGAUCCUCUGUUACCUACCAGGAGCAGGAAGAACCGCAAGUCAAGUAACUUCUGGAAGUGGCUGUGUGAGAUCCCUUGCUUUAACUUUUCUUGGAUCUGCCGUUGGUGCUGUGAUGGGUGCUUUGAACAUCUUAACUUGUCAAGUUGCUGUUCCCAUUGCAAACCAUGCAAUUGCUGCUGUAGUUGUCUUCCAACUAUCAAUUGCUGCUUUGUUGGAAGAUCACGUUGCUGCAAAGAUAGCCCAUGUGGUUGCAAAAAUUGUUGCAUUCUCCCAAGUUGCAAUUUUCGGUGGCCUUUUCCCUCUUGCUGCAUUUGCAAGUGCUCUUGCUCUUGCUCAUGCUCAACCUGCCCCAAGGUUCGGCCACGUUGCUGUUGUACAAAUUCUUGUUGGAACCCUUGUUGUUCAUGUUGCUAGUAUUAAUAUAGUCUUACCAAAAAAAAAAUGUUUAAAGCUAUAGUCUAUAAAUCUUGUAUUUAUAGUUGCAAUGUUAUAAAUAUUUAAAAUAUAGAGGUCUAUAAAUGUUCUGUUAAUUUUUUCAUCAUGUGGAUACUCUUGAAGCAACUGUAAUAUUUACCAGCAAUUAUGAGUUAGAUUG